AAUCCUGCUUCCUCAGUUCAAUAUGAGUGAAACAAAGCAUCUGAAAGUUACCAUCAUCGCCGAGAAUGGUCCCAACCAUGUUCCAAUCUCAACCACCCACCGAAUCACCAUCAACCAAGAUGCCACUUUGAAGUUCAACCGUCUUAAAAACCAGCUCACCAACAAAUUCCCAGAGCUCAAGGCCAAGACCUUGGAGCUCUUCUGGACUGACUCAGAUGGAGAUCAAGUCAGCAUAAACAAUGAUUCCGCCUUGGCCAUCGCCAUGAGCGAAAUGGAAACAUAUCCUGUGGUCAAGUUCUCGGUUAAGGUCAUGGGUCCGAAGUCUUCCGUGACGGUCAGUCACAUUGGAUCGCCUCAUGAGGAUGUGAAAUGCGAUCUGUGCGAGAAACAGAUCCACGGAUUCCGCUACAAAUGCGUGGUUUGUGCCAAUUUUGAUCUCUGCGGUCUGUGUGAAGCUCAAGGAUUCCAUAGAGAGCAUAACAUGAUUCGAGUGGCUUCACCGGACAUGGUGCUUCCCAAGAAUUACUACAGGAAGUUGAGCAAGUUCCAUGAGAGAGUCCUGACCAAUGAUAAAGCUCAAGAUGACCAGGGUGGUGCCAAGCAGCCCAAGGAUCGAUCCCGGAGUAAAAGCAAGAGCAAAGUGAUCGUGGUCUGUCCCUCAGAGGAGAACUUUGAGGCUGAUCCUGAGCCUGUCGAGGACAUGUUUGCUCAAUUGAAUUCUCAUGGAACGGAGUACAUGAGAAGUCUGGGCGACAUGAUCUCUGGAGCCUUGGAGAGUCUGGAUAACAUGGUCAUGGCAGAGGAAGAGGACGAUGGGGAAGUCGAUGUGGCAAAUCAGGAUGAGGAAGAGGACGAUGGGGAAGUCGAUGUGCCAAAUCAGGAUGAAGAAGAGGACAUGAAACCCCAAUCCGAUCCCAACGUUUCAGCUGGCCUUCAGACCUUGAUGGACAUGGGUUAUACAAAUGAAGGAGGAUGGCUGUCCUUACUUUUAAAGUCAAAGAACAAUGACGUUGAAAAGACCCUGGAGGCCCUACAAGCUAAGAAGAGAGAAUGAUUUUUGAACCUAUCAAUUGUUGUAAUGAAAUGAUUCGUGUAGUUGGAUUUGAUGUGAUAUUUUUUGCGUUCUAAUGUACCGUAGUUUGUUGGUCUUGCACCAAAAUAUGUUCAAUGCAUUACCUUUACGAAAAAAAAAUCACAUUUGUUUUAUUUAUAAUGGAAAGAGACCCCUUGAACGUUA